AUGGCUGAUAAUAAGUUAUACGAAAUAUUAGGUGUAUCCAGGAAUGCAAGUGACACAGAAAUUAAACGAAAUUAUCACAAGUUAGCAAAAGAAUUUCACCCUGAUGUUAACCCAAAUGCUGGUGAUCGUUUUAAAGAGAUUAGUUACGCCUAUGAUGUAUUAUCUGACUCUAAAAAGCGACAAGUUUAUGAUCAAUAUGGGUUGAAAGGGCUCCAAGAAGGUGGUCAAGGCGGUGGUGCUCAAGAUGAUAUAUUUCGCCAUUUCUUUGGUGAUAUUUUCGGAAUGGGUGGUCGACGGACUCGCGGAAGAGCGCGUGGUGAAGAUACUAUUCAUACAUUGAAAGUGUCUUUAGAAGAUAUGUAUGUAGGAAAAACGGCAAAAUUGCAGCUGAGUAAAAAUGUUAUCUGUGGGCCAUGUAAGGGUGUAGGUGGUAAACCUGGUGCAGUUGUUUCUUGUAGUGACUGCCAUGGACAAGGCAUAAAAGUAUCCUUUCAACGGAUUGGCCCUAACAUGACCCGACAAUUGCAAAGUCGCUGUCCCACUUGUCAAGGCCAAGGUGAAACAAUAAAUGACAAAGACAAAUGCUCAAAAUGUAAAGGAAAGAAAGUUUUAAAUGAAACUAAAAUUCUUGAAGUACAUGUAGAAAAAGGAAUGCGUGAAAAUCAAAAAAUUAUCUUUCGAGGAGAAGGUGAUCAGGCACCCGAUGUUGAACCAGGAGAUGUUAUCAUUGUACUUCAACAAAAAGCCCAUGAUGUUUUUCAAAGGAAUAGUGAUGAUCUUAUAAUAAGACGUGAUAUUUCUUUGACUGAAGCACUAUGUGGUUUUGAAUUUGUUGUCAAACAUCUUGAUGGACGUGAUCUUCUCAUUAGACAUGCAGCAGGAGAAGUAAUUAAGCCAGGAGACUUAAAAGGAAUAAAAGGUGAAGGAAUGCCGCAACAUAAAAACCCCUUUGAAAAGGGGAAUUUAUAUAUUAAGUUUGAAGUUACUUUCCCGGAAAACAACUUUGCAGCAGAAGAGCAAUUAAGACAGAUAGAAACUGUGCUUCCACCUCGUCCUGCUUUUGUCAUGCCUACAGGUGAAGAUGUUGAGGAAGUCAACCUAAUGGAUUACACACCUAGUGAGAGGAAUCGUGUUACUAGGGAGGAAGCAUAUGCUAGUGAUGAUGAAGAACACAUGCAUUCAGGGCCAGGAGUUCAGUGUGCUCAUCAAUAG